GUGCAGGAUUUGAUUUCCAAUAGCCAGCUAAACAUCUGCUCGGAGGAGAAGGUGUUCAUGGCGGUGCUGAACUGGGUGAAGCACGAUCUCAGCGAGCGCAAGAAGCACAUAUCCGAGCUGAUGUCGCACGUCCGACUGCCGCUAGUCAGCCGCGAGUUUCUCAUGAACUGCGUCGAAACGGAGGCGCUCGUGCGGGAAGAGUCCCACUGCAAGGAGCUGCUGCUGGAGGCGAUGAAGUACCACCUGCUGCCCGAGCAGCGCAGCUCCCUCGUGAGCCAGCGGACGCUCGAGCGCCGCCCGGAGGGUAUGCGAUCGUACAUCUUUGCGGUGGGCGGCGGCAGUCUGUUCGCCAUCCACAACGAGUGCGAGUGCUACAACCCCAAGACGAACGCGUGGAUGACGAUCUCGCCGAUGAUUUCGCGCCGGUCGCGGGCCGGCGUCACCUCGCUCCGGAAGCUGCUGUACGUGGUGGGCGGGUACGACGGCGAGAACGAUCUGGCGACGGCCGAAUGCUACAACCCGCUCACGAACGAGUGGACCAACAUUACGCCCAUGGGCACGAAGCGGUCCUGUCUGGGCACGUGCGCCUUCGACGGGCUGCUGUACGUGUGCGGCGGGUACGAUGGAGCGUCCUGCUUGAGCAGCGUCGAGCGGUACGACCCACUGACCGGUGUGUGGACGUCCUGUCCGGCGAUGAGUACGCGGCGGCGGUACUGCCGGGUGGCGGUGCUGGACAACUGCAUAUACUCGCUCGGUGGGUUCGAUUCCAGCAACUAUCAGUCGUCGGUGGAGCGGUUCGAUCCGCGCGUCGGCAGCUGGUCGUCCGUGCCGAGCAUGACUUCGCGCCGCAGCAGCUGCGUGGCCGCCCUGGACGGCUAUCUGUACUGUAUCGGUGGCAGCGACGGUACGAUGUGCAUGCAGACGGGCGAACGGUUCAAUCUGCGCACGAACGCCUGGGAACCGAUCAGUGCCAUGCAUUCGCGAAGAUCAACGCACGAGGUGGUGGAAGCGAACGGAUUCCUGUACGCACUCGGCGGUAACGAUGGCUCCUCGUCGCUCAACUCGGUCGAGCGGUACGAUCCGAAGGUGAACAAGUGGACGAUCGUCACCUCCAUGCUGACGCGGCGCAGCUCGAUCGGUGCCUCGGUGCUGGAGUGUUUCAAUCUCGAGCGUGGCCUCCUCCAAACCAGCAUUUGACCACUGAGCUGUCCCAAUGGUGGUGGUGCUGCUGCUGCUGCAGCGGCCGGUGCUACUUCUACGUCUGGACCAUCCGAUAGCAGUGCAGGCACACCGCCGAGUCAGUAAGUAUGUGCUGCGUGCGUUGCGGGGGGAAAAACUCCGCAAAAAUCAGUCAUUAUUAUUAGAUAAAACAUAAUUAAACAGCUAGGCUAGCCAAAACCAGGUUGGAAGGAUGGGUUGGGUUGUCGGGAAAGCUCUUUCCCUCCGUUUGGAUACAAUGUCGCUUAAGUGUAAGAAGCUGUGCGCGCAUUCAAACAGCAAUUUUGCAGCAGUCUUAGUUAAGCUCACUCUGCUCCCGCUCAGCCCGCAGGCUUUUAAGGAAGACUAAAGAGAAAGAAUGGUUUCGCCCCACACUCUCACCCGAGUUCUAGUAAAUUCAGGGUGCAGUUUGCCGCCUGUGGCUCUGAACAUAAUCCUU